AUGGAUAAAACAUCUUUUACUUCGAUUGCUUAUGAUUAUCCUUCUAAAAGCAUAGUAGUUGGUGGCUAUACUUGGGAUAGUACAGUUUCAACCUUUGCAUCAUCAUCUGAUUAACAUGCUAUCAUAGCACUAAUUGAUAACAAUAAUAUUUUCAAAUGGAAAAAAAGAGUAUCAGGCUAUAAAAAUAUAGAAGCAUUGACAUUUGGUAAUGAUAAUAAUCAAAUUUAUGCUUUGAUGAAAUCUGAUAAUGACUAAAAGAUUAUGAUAGUAAAACGGUAUGAUGGAGCUUUUAUCACAAUGAUGGUUAUAGUUUCGUAUGAUAUUAUGGAAUAAUCAUUGCAAAUCGUAAGUGAUGAGCAGGGCUAUAUAUAUUGUACAUACUAAAAUAGCUAAGGGAAUUUCAGAAUUCUAAAAUUAAAAUACAAUGGCAGCACUGGCACUGCUGAGGGCAUUAGAAUUAAGAAUGAUUAAGAAAAUUCAAAUGGAUAUGCUUUAUAAUAUUUUGGCAAAUAGAGUAUGAAAUAAAUACUAGUUGGAGGAUAUUUGAAAAAGUAAAAUGUGAGCAGACCCUUUUUGUUUAAUUUUGACUCAGAUACAAAUUUUAAAGUAAACUUUGGUCAAAUGCUUUCUUAAUCUGACAAAAGUCAUUGCUUUAUCAGAGAUAUUGAUUUAGAAUCAUCUUCUACCUAGACUACGGUUCAUACAUGCAGCCAAUUUUAAACCCCAAAGCAUAUCAUAUACUCAAGACUAAAGUACAAUAAUACCUUUAUUGUAAAUGGAUAGGACCAUUUCACCUACUAAGAUAAUGAUAAAUAAAUUGAGUGCUGA